CGCGGCGUGGGAGAUGGAGGCGGGCGGCGGCGCGGCGCGGCCUCGGCUGGGCCAGCACGAGCUGCUGCACGUCUUCUCGUUCCUGGGCGCGCGGGACCUGCUCCGCGCCGCCCAGGUGGACAAGGUCUGGAAUGAGGUUUCAGAGACCAAGGAACUGUGGAGGCAACUGUGUCUGAGACGCUGGUCGUCUUGCAGAGGGCCCCAGAUGGUCCUGGGCACACAGACGUGGAAACAGUACUACCUCUGCCGGUCCAGGCUGGAGUUCCGAAUGGAGUCUGGACGUCCAGGGAAGGACUUCCUCUGUAAAGCUAUUGCUGGGCACACAGGAGAGAUACGUGACCUGGCGUACAUCUCGCCCAACGAGUGCCGACUUGAUGGGAAGGAGAAGUCUGUGGUUUGCACCGUGUCCUCAGACUGCACUGUGCGUGCCUGGGAUGUGCAUGAGGCGGCCUGCGCCCAGGGGACCCUCUACACGCUGACGGUGCCUGGGCUGCAUGUGGUCUCCCGCGUGACCGAGUUCCCAGCCGGCUCUGUAGGGCUCGCCUGCUCCCCUGACCACCAGUGGGUGUUCGUGUCUGCACAGAACUCAGACCUGGGCCCAAAGGUGUUCUACACUCACUCGUUGCUGUUCCCGCUGGAAGACGAGCCUCCCGCCUCCACGGCCCUCCCCACCGGGCCGAGCUCCGGAGUCUGCUGGGCCCCCGACGAGACGGCCAGGCUGAUGGUGAUGCACAAAACUGACACUGGCUCGCAGCUGGCUGUCACCACCUACGACCUCAGGGCCAAGAAGUCCGGGAAUAGAGUGAACGUCCUGGCCCAACAGGUCGCCCGUUUCCUCUUGCCAGACAGCAUGCCGGCUCCUCACCUCAUGAAGGGCCACGGCUCCCAGGUGCUCCUGCUGGCUUCCGAGUCACGGCUGGUGCAGCUCACCAUCCACGGCCGGCAGCUGGCAGCCUUCCAGGAUCACCGAAGGCCCAUCACGGCCCUGUGGGUGGACCCGAGCCGAGUGGUCACCUCUUCCCUCGACCUCUCUUUGCGAGUCUACGUGUGGAAUAAGGAGGAUGAAUUCCCCGUCCUCGAGGGCUGCUAUCAUUUGCUGGGGGGCUCCCACAGAUGGGCCAGUGGGUUCACCCAUGUGGGAGGUGACUGCGCGAGCAUCGUGGCUGUGGAGGCCAGGAGUGCUGGGCCAAGCAUUCUGCGGUCAUAUUGCUUCCGAGUGCAGCCCAGCUGGGGCGAUGGCGCCAACUGAAGACGGGCUCGCUUUGGUAAAGAGUGUGCGUGCAGGAAGGCUCCGGGGAGCACAGUCUCAUCAGUGCGGGGAGGGGCUGGCGAUACACAGAUGCUACUCCGUGCCGGGCACGCGUUGUGUGACUGACCUCAGCAAGCCCGUGAAGUGGGCAUCACUGGCUGUUUGUCAGACAAAAAGAGUGACGUGCAAAAGGGGGUAAUUGGCCCCCACGGGCACCUUCUAACAACUGGCAGAAAGGACUAACUGCAAGUGUGGGGUCCUAGAAAGCCCACCACCAGGGGUGGGGUCACCACACGCUGGCUUUGUUUUUCAAAUAUAAAAUAAAGUGAACACUUUUUUAUCUUCC